CCUGAAAUUUGAUUCAGAACUUCAGGAUCCUAGAAGACAAAAAAGCAAAAAGAGGGGGAGGGAAGAAAGGCAGAGAGCGACUGGAGGGUCUUUUUUUAAACUACUAGAACCAUAAACUUUCCAAACACUGCGCAGCCUCUCCGACAAAGUAAGUUGUGUGACUAUGAGCUCCUCAGGGCUUCAGGCCACAAAGGGGCAGAAUGUUAAGGAGAUUGACAGCAUGAAGGAGUCCAUCAGCGACAUCAUCAACCAGCUCCAGGACAUCGACCCGGCCAGACUCUCCUUCUCCCCCUUCCUGGAUUUGGACACUCAGAUCUCCUUGGCACCGGUGUCAGACAGCCCAGAGUCCUCGGUGGAGGAGCUGCACUCCUCCCCCCACUCUGUCUCGGGCUCCCAGCACUCUCUUGAACCAUCACCAGUGAUAGAACAGCCAAGGAAUUCUGCUUCCUGCCACCAGCAACCCAUUGAUGGACCUGCAGAAGAGCCACGAGCAGAUGAGACAGAAGAUGGAACUGUGGCUGAAACUCUUUCCAGUCCGAUUGCAGCAGCACAUAGUUCUGACAGUUCCACAGGAAACUGCAUCAGCAGACCACCUCCAGUCUCUCAGGGAGAUGUUCCCAAUGGCACAGACACGCCGAGGUGGAGUCCAGAAUCUACCCAUUUGGACUGUAGUGCUGACGAAGGCCGUCCACUGAUAGGCCCACCUCCAGAAUGCGUGGAGCUGACUGUGGUGAGGUCUGAGGGUCAGGAAGAGUCUUGUGAGGCCACUGGGACAGUCUCAAACCGGAGAUGCUGUUGCUGCCCCUGCUGUUGGUGCAAAUGUUGCCAGAAAGGCAGAGUUCCUGCCGUCUUUUCAGUUCUGGCUUCUCUUGUCUGUGCAGCAGGGAUUCUAUAUGCACUCUAUUUCUACGUACCCCUUAAACCCCCAGACUUCCCGGACAUGGUCAGCCGCAUUCUGUUCACUCUCUGCUGCUGUGUGGUGGCCACCAUCCCCAUCCUGCUAGCGAUGCUCCUGGGUGCAGCAUGCCAGUUCUGCAGCGGCUCCUUCGAUCCUCUGGACUCGUUACCCAGAAAGCGGUCGCUUCAGCGGCUUUUUGUCACCUCAUCCUCACAGCAGUUACUCCUCUUCGUCAUUAACCUCGUCACUAUGGCCGCCUUGCUGCCUCAACAUCAACUGAAGGUGGUGCCAAUGCUGAUCACCGUGUUCGUCAUCGGAAGGCUCAUUUACUGGGUCAGCCUGAACUUUUGCAGCUCCUGGCGAGGCUUCGGUUGUGGCCUGACCAUCUUCCCGCUCCUUGCCAUGGUGUCUCUCAAUCUGUUUCUUAUGUACAACCUAAACAUCCACAAAACACUUUUUGGCACACAAGACGUCUUCUAUAAUCAGGUCACCCCCUCGUCAUGGUCAGUGGAAACCUCAGAGAGCCCGAGUGGCAAACCAGACGUCCUGCCCACAGACUUCAAGGCCACUCAGUGAGGAGGCGAGCUGCCCUUUCUUCUCUAAAGGAGGAGAUCGUUUCCAAAAAUAGUCCAUUCCUGUGGUCUACAAUUCGGCACAUUGAGACAACCACUAGAACUUCAGAGUCUGUGACAACUUCUCCCACCAUACAGAACUUUUUUUUAAUGUGGAUUAGUGCUUAUUAUCUGAAAUGCAAGAGAUCUUUAUCCUGCUCCUUGCAGAAAAAGCCUUUGAACAAUGUUGUAAUCGGAAACAUUGAGGUUUUUCAAGCUAUUCCAGUGCCUAUAUUUAAUGUGUUUAAUGUUUAGUACUUAAACGUUCUGCUAUAUAUGUAGCUGUCUCUGACUUUGGUUUGACCUAAACACACACACACACAAAGCAAAUUCCAUUCUAAGAAUGUAUUAUUAUUUUCACUGCCUGAAAGAUCUGUACAUGAUGAAAGCAGAAUUAAAAAAAUAUUAAAAUUCUGAGUAGCUCUGUGCACAGUGCUGAUGAUGCAGUUUGCACAUAUAUUCGCAGCACUGCUCCAGUUCUUAUGUGAUAAAAUACUCUCGGAGUUCUCUGGUUGUUCUCCAUCUGCUGCUAAUGAUGUCUGUUCCACAAAGGAAUAGAAGAAAACAAAAGGUGGCUGCAAUUAGUGUCAACAGGAAAUGAAUAACUCGUGCUCAUGGUUUAUUUGAGCCUCACAGAUGUUUAAAUUGCCUUGUAUUUCUUUAUUAACAAGCAAGUG